AGUCAAACUCAGAGGAUCACUUGUGAAUUUGUUGUCGGCAGGCAGGCUCUCUAAUCUAGCGCAGAGAGGAUGCACUGUGGUGCCGUUGAAGAUGGCUCUAUCGAGAGGGUUGCGGUGCUGCCAGCGUAUUUUCUCUUGGAUCCCAGUGAUUAUUAUUACUAUGGUGAUGUUGUGGUCCUAUUAUGCGUAUGUUUUUGAACUCUGUCUGUUUACUAUCACCAACGGUUUUGAAAAAGUGGCCUACCUUGCAGUUUUUCAUGUCUGUUUUGUAAUGUUUGCGUGGACAUAUUGGAAGUCUAUUUUUACACCGCCUUCUCAGCCAUCAAAACAGUUUCAUAUGUCCUACUCUGACAAGGAGAGAUAUGAGAAUGAGGAGCGGUCUGAAGUACAGAAGCAAAUCCUGCUGGAUAUAGCCAAGAGGUUACCAGUCUACACCUGGGCAGCAUCUGGAGCUGUCAGGUUUUGCGAUCGGUGUCAGGUGAUUAAACCGGACCGCUGCCAUCACUGUUCUCUCUGUGAAAUGUGUGUGUUGAAAAUGGAUCAUCACUGCCCUUGGGUGAAUAACUGCAUUGGUUUUUCAAACUACAAGUUCUUUCUGCUGUUCCUGACGUAUGCCAUGGUGUACUGUGUGUUCAUUGCCUCAACUGUUUUGCAGUACUUCAUCAAGUUUUGGGCAGGUGAGCUCCCAAACGGCCAUGCCAAGUUCCAUGUCUUGUUCUUGCUCUUUGUGGCUCUCAUGUUCUUUGUGAGUCUCAUGUUCCUGUUUGGCUACCACUGUUGGCUCGUGGCUAAAAACAGAUCCACGCUAGAAGCUUUUCAAUACCCAACUUUCCAUAACGGACCUGACAAAAAUGGCUUCAAUCUAGGGUUUUCGAAAAACCUGCAACAGGUGUUUGGGGAAGAUAGAAAAUAUUGGUUUAUACCAACGUUUACCAGCCUUGGCGAUGGUCAUUUCUUCCCCAUGAGGUUUCUGAGCGAAUCCCGAAAUCCUCUGUUGGCCAGUGAAGAGCAGUGUGAGGAUGGGGGAUCGGAUGAAGAAAACUACAUUCUGCGAAGAGGAGAUCCAUCAGUCACCAUAGAACUGGACACAUAGCAAGCUGUGGGGUUUGCUGAUUUCCUGCUACAGGACUGCAGAUUACUUAAGAUGAGAGUCCCCCCCCCCCCCGUCCCCCCCCCAAGGACCAAGAAUCAAGUUACUGUUGUGUUUUAUGGAUAACCACAUUCCGUCUUACUGGAUUUGAAAACAGCAACGCUUCUUUUUUUAAUAUGUAUCAGAUCUUGUUUUGUAAUUAAACAUUGAUGUUGGGAACAUACCAGUUAUUCCAGGGUAAGGGCUGUGUCUGACAGGAGCUGGGGAUCUAUCCCACUUUGAGAAUUCCCGAUACGCCUUUCAGGGACACAAAAUGAUUCCAAUGUGUGGCACAAUACUGCUCAAGGUGAUUUUAAAUGAAACCAGGGAACAUUUGUGCAGUAGGCACUGGGUAUCACACACUGGUUUGUUUACAGUAUAUGCUUCACUUAUUGAAUGAAUAGGGUUUUCUAAAAACAAACUCCCUCUAGUUUUGGUGAGUCCUUUUUUUGUGUGUGCAGUGGGUUAUUGGUGACACAUUAGCUGUUUUUUGUUUUUUUUUAGCUUCCAGUGGGAUUACAUUGAGUGUCUGUCUCAGUGCUGGUGACUUGUAGGACAUACGAGGGACAUUUUCUUGCAUUCUGGUUAGAAAUAUGGAUUCUUCUUCAUUCCAUUGUAAAACGAAAUGUUUUUGUUAACAAUGAGAAGGAGGAUGGUGUGGUUGAGUCAUAGGGGGCGUGGUUGAGCAUUGUCUUAACUCUUAAGACACUGUUAGCUCCUGCCCAGUUCAAUCUUUCCCCCCUGACUUAUCUGUGGGCUGGUCAAGUUAUGAGACUGGUAUUAUUGACACUAAUUUUAGAAAUCCUAAAAGAAGACCAAGACUUCUUGUUGAAAUUGUCAUGUUUUAAAGUUUCUUUUAGUAUUUCUAAACUCAGCACUAUUGAUUAUUUAACAGUUAUGAAUAUGAUGACAGAGUAUCUUUGUAUAUAUCCUGAUACCUUGUACUUGGUUAUAAAAUCUUAAAAAAUGUGCAACAUUAUUACUGCCCUUUGUGCUGUACUAUAAAAAACAACUUGGCACGGGUAUCAAAUACCACAGUUACUUAGCUGUUGUGCUCUUCUUGUUUCUAUUCAUGCAUAUCCGUUUUUAUUUCAGUAUCCUGUCCCCCUGCAACACUGCCCCCAGUGGACAUAAGAUAUAUCACAUUUGUUCUGUGUGGUAUUUCUACGUGUCAUUGUUAUAUCCACUUGGGGCAGGUGGAGCAGGUUAAUGGGUACACUCUGGUGUACCAGUUGUAGAUAGAGAGAAGACUCUAAAGAGGCCUUUUAAAAAUCUCUGGGAUGUGAUGACUAUAUAAAAGCGGUUCUAAACAAGAGGAAGAUUACGUUAGUUAACUGAAAUGUCAUGCCUGCACCACGCCAAAGGUCUGAUUUUAGUUAUUUAGAGUAAAUCUGACCUACAGAACAGGAAGAUGUUCUUAUGUACAUCUGCAUUAAAGUAAAUAACCACGAUAUAUUCAGCACAAAAAGAGGAGGCAGUGAUAGUGUUGCUAGUGUAAGAUUAUGAGAUUGACGUUACAGCUUUGCUAAUCAUUUGGUAUUAUGUUAAAUGAUUUUCAGUUCAGUACUAACGAAAUCUAUGUUAAGAAUCAAUAUAAUUCUUACUGAAUUUGAUAUGAUGUAUUUAUGGCACAGGACUCUGUAUAUUUAUAUGAACAGAACUGUGUUGUACUGAUGUGUAUGCAGUGAGGUGAGAAAGUUACACAACUUAGUGUAUCUAUAGAAUAGUUUCACCAGCUCUCGAAUGUAAAGAAUGUAUUUUGCCGUUAUUUUUUAUAUAUUUAAGAAGGCUGUUAAGCUGUUGAUAAAAAUCAGCUGUGUCAUUUUUCAUUGUUUGGUUUUGUAUGUAAAUUAUCAUUAUUACAAAAAAAAUAUAUAUUUGAAGCGAAAAGCCUAUUUCACUGAGCUCCCAAUUCAAAUUACUGUACAAGUUUAAAGCUGUAUUGUUACAUAGAAAGCAAUGAUCACAUUCUGUAGCAAAGGCAACUAAAGUCAUUAGCACUACUGGCAGGUGUCCUUGUAAUUUAGAGUUUCCAAACAGUAAAAAAAAAAAAAAACUUAGAGGAGAGAGAUUUAUUUAUUUCUGAAUAUACAGGAAGUAUUCUCCUGCCUUGUUUUCGUUGUUUACAGUAUUGACUAAUGUUGUUGCUCUUGAAGAUGUUCUGAUAUCACGCAGUGACUAAAGGACCAGUAUUCUAUGAACAAGCAGUAGAAAUUUUGCUUUCUACAAAAACCCUGCUUCUCAGACUUGAAAGGUCUGAUCCAAAAGAGUUGCUACCCCCUCCCCAUUUUCUGAUGGUUCUUUUUUAUGAGUGCUUCUUUUUACAUUUGCUUCAAGAUGUUUUUAUUUUAAGUCUGCGUUGACUAUGAGUUCAGGUGCUCUUUUUCUAGUUGCCUGCCAUAGACACAUGUUAACACCAGCACCAUCCAGUGCACAGCAAUGUAUUACCAGCAAAACCAAAGGAAACUUCAUGCAAAGUGUUAGCUUACUAGAUAGCACUGGAUCUUGCUUCUGUAACCAGACUGGCUGAUGUAGCCUAUGUUGCAUAUAUCUAUGGCAGGCAGCUAUGUCUGAAGAUCUUGUGUGAGCGCACCUUAUCACAGACAUUUAAAAAAAUAAAAAACAGUAUUUGAGUAAUUGAACCACUCAGAAUUAUUGGGGAGGAAAAAACUAAGAAAAUGAAAUGUCAAGCUGCUAAAGGUGUUAUAACCAGGGAGAUAUAUAUAUAUAUAUAUAUAUAUAUAUAUAUAUAUAUAUAUAUAUAUAUAUAUAUAUAUAUAUAUAUAUAUAUAUAUAUAUAUAUAACUGUUCUUAGCAGAAUGUUAGAUGGUUUGCUGUUUUAUCUUUUUAUUUGCUUGUUCACAUCCUGUGCUACAAGAAAUAGAAACUUACUGCACCCAUGUGUCACAUGAAACUCACUGCACCCAUGUGGCAUACAGCCAGCUCAGAUGGGGUCUAUUACCUGUAACACAGGAAGUGAACUAAGUCUAAAUAAAAGAUAAGAAUUUGUUUCUGUCAAUACACCAUUAAUGCAGUAAACAAGCACUUCAAUGAAUCACUGGUUCCUUGAAUGCACUGCAUAUUUGUAAUUGACCCAGAACAACACCAUACUAUGAUAUCAAGCAGGACUGUCCUUGUAAUAAAAGCAGGAUUUGACCAUUCUAAUAUUGCAUAUACAGUGUUGUUAUAGUGGGCAGUAAAGAAGUAUCCAGUAAUGUAGUAACUGCAGACAGGCAGUUUUAAAUUGCUGCCGUCUACACUUGGCCAUUCACACUGAUCCUCUUUAGGAUACUGUGUGCACAAACAGUUUUAAAAAAUGACAAAGGUGAGCAAAGCUCUUUACAUGAAAUGUAAGCAAAGUUUGUUUGUAUUUUGAUGUUACCUGUGUGUUCUGCUCAGUUGUGUAUGUGAUUCUGUUUUUGUUUAUUUGUUUCUUCCUAAAGACAAGAAGUAAGGCCUUGUGAAACUGAAAUUACAGAACAUUGCAUUAUUAUAAUUAAAAAAACAAAUAAAAUAAAACUCAUUACUUCCAGUUACCUACUGGAGUAGACUGUCUUACUGUUGAUUUUUUUGUUUUUAAAAAUGUGUUUUUGAAUGAUAUUUUCACAUUUUAUUAAUGGUUAAUUUCUUUUCUGUUGUGGUAUAAUUUUCAUUUUAUUAAUGGUUAAUUUCUAUUCUGUUGUGGUAUCAUAUUUUCUUCCUUUCCCUGUUGUUUUUUUUAAUGCUUAAUUUUUUUAUUUUUUUUUUACCAAGCUUACUAACUCACCGAAAAAGCAGAAUUUCUGAAUUAAGGUGGUUUAGAAAAUGACCACUAGGAGUGUGCAGCGGUAAUUUUCAUCCUCUCUGAAACUGCUUUUUAUAUAUAGACUUUCCAUUUACAAAUUCACAGUUGCAGGGGGGCAAAAAUGACCGUUGAACGCCCCUAGUGGUCAUUUCUAACAACUACCUUAUUCAGAAAUGAUGCUUCUAGGAGUCUACAGAAAUAGUGCCCGUGGUUGAAUAAGGAUUUUAGUAAGUAAGCCUGGUAAGUAAUGAUCUAAGCAGAAACAGCCAUAGAAAAUUAUAGAGAUCACAUAUAUAGAGGACAUCAAUACAUAUUAUUUACUGAGUAAUUUGCUAGAACACUAUUUGUUUCUUUUGAGUGGAUAUUUCAAAGCUGUCUGCAGCUCAACCAGUGCUUAAGUUGAUAUGGGUAUGCAAAUUCAGAGUUACAGUGUGUGUUGCUUAUAAUCAAGUUUGGGUUUGAGUGUGCCCAUUAUGGUGACUUUUUAAAAAAUCUGAAUUAUUAUUGUAAUUAUUAACCAGUGCUCCUGUUCCACUCUAGUGGAAGCACAUCAUGGAAGAAUGGUAUUUCUUUCAUCCACUAGGGGCAGAGUUGCUGCAUAACAGCCUAUUGUUACAAUCUGGUGUACCUGCUGUACAGUUCAAACAUGAUUCUGAGUGAAACAGAAAAUUAUCUACAACGUAAUUAACCACAAUGUAAAGGAGCCAGGCUCGUCUGCAGUCCAGGUUAUAGAGCUUUUAACAUCGUUUCAUCGACGGGACAGAAUCCGUCAUGGUAGUGCAUCACACAGCACAGCCUGCUGUAUAAGCAAGAAAAAUACAUUCGUUAAUAUAAUUCAGGUUGCUCUUUUAAACACUUUUUGGUACAAAACAAGAAAACAGCGUCCACAGUAUAUCAGUGUUUUUGAAGCAGUUGGUUGCUUAGCAGCCUAUUUCUGUCAUGUAAACUGUAUUACUUUCUCUUUUUUUUAUGACUGUACAAGCUGUAUUUGUAUCUAUGUAUAAUGUGCUUGUUUCUAUUUGUAUUGUGACUUGUGAGUUUUACAGGAGAAAACAUUUUAAAGCUUUAAAGUUUAGCAUUUUGUUUCACGUGUUAUAUAAAAUGCUAAAGUGUCUUUUUCUUACUCAAGGAAAAAGAAAAACAAACAAUUAAAAUGAAGCUUGUAAAAA